AGGAUGAUGUUUGACGAGUUCCUGUUGAGGGCGAUAUGCUGUCUGGUUUUUAUGUCAGGUUUGCUAGAAGCAACAUCUCUUAUGAAAGUAAAGAAUCCUGGAGGUCCAGUGAACAUUGACUCAGCUCAGGCUCAUGAUUUCUUGACUAAUUCUCGACCAAAGAGGAAUGUCGACCCAAAGUGGCACCGAGGGACUCCUGACUUUCAGUCCUACUACCGCUUCUACAACAGCAUUGGACACAUCGAGGGCAUCUAUGAGAUUGACAGGAUCAGGAUACUGUACCAGCAGAUGCGUCACUUGGAGUUGACCUACGGCCCAGACGCCUCCAGUUACCAAAACAUGUUAGGUGUUCAGACAACUACCGCUGCACCAACUACAACCACCCUGCCUCCUCCACCUCCCACCACCCCUGCUCCGACCCCAGACCCCCUAGAGAACGCUCAGAGGAUCUACCUGUGCAACCCCAGAGACCCGCUGUGCAAACCUCAGAUCGUCUACCUGCCUACGGGGGCUGUUCCAGUGCUGUGUGACCCACGACGCAACCCGGCCUGCAGGCCCAAAACAGAGGAGGAGAUUAAGGCUGAAGCUCCUCCCCCACCUCCCCCUGCUCCCAAAAAGCCUGCCCCACCUCCCCCUGCUCCCCAAAAGUCUGCCCCGCCUCCCUCUCUUCCUCCACCUCCUGCUUUCGUUGCCAAAGGUAUGGAGUAUGACUGCGACCCUUACUGGGAUCCUGACUGCCUCGUCGACCACCCUCCCCGCCCUAUCCAGGAAACAUCUGCACCAGAGGCACCAGCUGAGGAGAAAGUGGUGAUAGAGGAAGAAGCAAAAGCUGAGGAGAGUGCCCCUGCAGAGCCAAGCAUAGAGGAAAACCCUGAACCUCACUUUGACCCUUAUGAUUUCAAACGUGACCUUUAUGACCCCUUUAAAUAUGCCAAUCCAGCUCCAGAAGAGUAAAAAACACAGUGCUUAAGAAAUCAUAAAUAAAUAAAUCAUGACAGGACUGUGAGCAAAUCCACAAACUUAAAGUAAACCUCAUGCAGGUCAUCACGUCUAACAAGGCAGACAUGAAAACUCAACCUUUUUCCUCAUGGUUUUCCACACUACACCUGUACAGUAGGUGUGAAUGAGUGCUAAUAUUGUGAUACACAAUAAAAUGU